GCUUACCAUUAAGGGUCCGAGUUUGUAAUAUUCCCUAUGCAACGCCACCUAGCGGCAGGCCGAGCUUACGUACCAGUUCCGAAGACUCCAAACUCAAUGGUUUAUGUUUGAAUGCGGACUGGUGUAGCGUUACCGGCAUGUACUGAUAGUUCCCUACGGUCACAGCCUACUGUAUGGUUUGGUUAACAGAGCCUGGCAGUUUUAUUUUCCUAAAUUAUUACAUGGGCUUCCUGCUACAUGUUCCAUGUACUGCACCCUAACAGUUAUGACAUCAGAGAAUGCCCUGGUCCUCUAAGCACCCUAAAUGAUUUCAAUGCUCAAGUCAAGGAAAAAUUCCACCUGCUGAGGCUGAGAAUACAGGAUUUUGAACAGUUGGCUAAGGAGCAGGAUAAGGAAUCUGACAAGCAAGCAUUGCUGAAGGAGAUGGAGUGCCACAAGAAACAGAUGUUAAGCAACCAGACUGUGUGGCGAAAGGCAAACCUUUCAUGCAAGCAAGCAAUAGAUAAUGCAGAGAAGGAUGAACUGCUCGAUGGAGGAGACCCUACAAGGCAGAGAAAAGUAGCAAAGGAAAACCUGGCACAGUCAACGAGCAACAUCACCGAGAGCCUGAUGGGUAUCAGUCGAAUGAUGGCACAGCAAGUGGGGCAGAGUGAAGUAACCAUGCAGACACUAGCCACGUCAUCACGGACCAUCCAGGAAGCCAAUGAAGAGUUCAAAUCCAUGUCAGGGACUAUACAACUUGGGCGUAAACUUAUCACUAAGUACAACCGGCGUGAGCUCACUGACAAGCUGCUCAUUUUUCUGGCCUUGGCCUUAUUCUUAGCAACUGUACUGUACAUCUUGAAAAAAAGGCUGCUUCCAUUCUAGUCACUGUGUGGGUUUCUUACUUCAGAGGAUUUGGAUGCCCAUCUGGCGAGGACCACUGGCCUUAAAGAUUGCCAUCAGCUAACUGAACUAUACAGAAUACUCUGGAACUAGUAACUAAGACUGUGUCAGCUCUAAUCUGUUUAAAAUGGUGCACAAAGUUAAAUUAUUUGUAGGUUUAUUAUUGGUUAAACUGUUAGGGAAUUCUGGGAGCUGUAGAUUGACAACAGCAGAAGAAACAAAGGCUGAACAUCCCUGCUUUAGACUGUGGUACUGGACCUGACGUUUGUGUUCCAUUCAUGUAAGUUGCCAUACAAUGGAUUUUAUGAUAGUCUUAUGUACUGAUGUAAGUCAUCACUGAAACAAAUGAUCAUUUACUGUAGACUGGUGCUUUUUGGUUACAGUCUUAGGCUAAAACUGACCAUGCACAAGCAAAAUUACCCAAAUGCAGACGUUUGCACAGUUUGAUGGGCUUUGUUGUUGUUUUGAUCUUUUGGCUACUAAUGGGCGACCUGUUGAUGAGGACUACAUUAGAGGUGUGCAGGCCAGCCCAAAGUCCACAUGACCCAUGGGUUCAUGGGUGGGUUCGGGCCAGCAAUGUAGUGGGUAGAACUAUAUGCAGGACUGCCUCCCCCAGCCAGUCCUGUUCUGGCAUGAUUCCUUUGGCACUAGCAUUUAUAGACUCGCACCUCACUGCCUCAUCCUUUGACAUCAGAGAUGGAGAGUUCCGAAUCAGAUAUAUAAACAGUAGCAGUGUAGCAGGCAUGUACAGCCUUUUGUGGUUCUUGCCUGACAGAAUUAUUCAGCAUUCCCAAACAAUAGCUUGUUAAGCCCAAUAAGAUUUUGAGGCAAUUGUUUCAGUCCAAUAACCAGGACUCAGCCACCAUCUAGGUCAAGGGUGGUCAAGUCAGCUUCUUUCCUGCCAUCACUGAUGUAAAAACAUCAUCAGUGAGAGGGACAUUUGCCCAAAGACAGGACAGCAGAGGACUCUGGGGUCAGUGGUAGUUCUAGCUGUAAAUCUUGUGUAAGAAAAUAAUUUGAAUGAACCCUAUAAUUGGUUAUACAUAAUAAAUAUAAAUAUGGAGGACAGAAGGUAGCUGGGCACAAUAUCAUGCUGAGAUUUACUCUCUAUUCUGGAGAACAGAGACUUUCAGCUAUUCAGAAAAGCACUGUGUACAAGUGCGAAAAUUAACAUGGUGGAUUGCGCCUGUUUUAGACACUUUGUACCUUGUCCUGCACUUUGUAAAUGACCCCUGCAAGAAAGCAAAGCAGAAAUCACAGGGAUGUAGAUCAUCUGGUCUUUUAAUAAUUAAGAUAUAGACUAACUGUACUUAUGCAGGACAACUGCAAAUGACUUUUUUUGCAAUUUGUAUAAAUAACCUCACUUUCCUCCAGUGUUUACUUCAGUCUACAGCUACAGUGGUACCUUACAACAUGUAAUUUCUUCAGGGGGUGGAAUGUCAGGAGUGGAAUAUUGUUGAAAAUGUACAAUAAUACUGUGCUCCUUUAACACAGCCAUUUCAGGUGACUUGUAGUAUCUCACAACUGAAGGCAACUUUUUUGUCCAGCCAUAUUGUAUUGUAAGUUAGUGUCUCUCUAUAAAAUGUCUGCUUUUCAUCCAGUUAAAUAAAGAUGCACAUAAACUGCUAUAUAUCUGUAAGAAGCAGUAUGGCCAUCAUGCAGACUAAACGUUUAUAUGGUUUUUGUCAUGAGUUAUUUUUAACAGAUAAUGAGUGUCAAACUUGUGGCUAUUCUACUGCAUGGAAUCCCCCUUCACCCUGAAAGCCAGAGAAGAUGGGGUUAUAGCUUCCGGUAGCAGGAAGGCUGCUCAGUUUAUAGCACUAACAUAUAAUAUGUGCUUGUCAUUGCAAGCCAUUAAUUCCAUUGUGCUGUGUGGAGGAAACCAUGUGGGGGCUGAGGCUAUUACUAGCUGUCCCUUGUACAGAAGGCAACGGCACAGAGAUCAGACUUCCUGUGUCUACAUGGACCAAUUCUCUCAUGGAACUUUCAAUUUCCUUUAAUUCUCAUGAUAUUUUAUGUGAUUACCAUUUAACUAAUGUCAUGUCAGCUGGCAGGAGGACAGGAAUAAGUUUUUGUCUUCUUUAAUAAAUUAUAUUUAUGAUA